AUGAAGUUCUCAAUCAUGUCUCUCGGCCUCAUGGCUGUCUCUGCUCUGGCAGCACCCAUGCCAUCUCAGAUCGCACCCAAGCGUGCCGGUCUCACCAAGCGCGCUGCAUCUCUGGAAGAUGUCGCGACCACCGGUUUCGCUACUCAGAACGGAGGUACCUCUGGAGGAAAGGGAGGCAAGACCAUCGAGGUUGGCUCUCUCAGCGACUUGGAAGCUGCCGUCAAGGGCGACGCCGCCGCCAUCGUUCUCAUCACCAGCCCCAUCAAGGGCAGCGGCGAGAACGUCAAGAUCGGCAGCAACAAGUCCGUCAUCGGCAAAGACUCCUCCGUCGUCCUGACCGACUUCACCCUCACCGUCAAGGCCGUCAAGAACGUCAUCCUCCGCAACUUCGCCAUGGAGAAGGUCGUCGGCGGCGACGCCAUCGCCAUCCAGAAAGCGCAAAACGUCUGGGUCGACCACGUAGACCUCUCCUCGGACCUCGACCACGACAAGGACUACUACGACGGUCUCCUCGACGUAACCCACGCCGCCGACUACGUCACCAUCUCCAACAGCUUCAUGCACGACCACUGGAAGUGCUCUCUCGUCGGCCACUCGGACAGCAACGGCAGCGAAGACAAGGGCCACCUCACCGUCACCUACAACAACAACUACUGGAAGAACAUCAACUCGCGCGGCCCCUCCUUCCGCUUCGGCACCGGUCACCUCUACAACAACUACUACGAGAACGUCAGCGACGGCAUCAACACCCGCCAGGGCGCGGAGCUCCUCGUCCAGAACAACGUUUGGUCUGGUGCUAAGAAGGCGCUUUACAGCAAGGAUGGUGGCAAGGCUGUUGCUGAGGGCAACGACUUUGGUGACAGCGAGAACACGGCUGAUAAGGGGUCUUUGACUAAGAUGCCUUAUGAGACUAAGGAGAUGCUUGAGGCGGGUGCUGUUAAGGCUGCUGUUGUUGGUACUGCUGGUGUUACGCUCAAGUUCUAA